CACACACUCACACCGGUUUUCCCUGGGCACCAUCUCCACAUUCGGAGACUCUGCGUUUUGCCAGGUGGACGCACAUACCACAGUCACCAUUUCUACCCCAGAGAGUUCCACGCUGGCAGCGCAGCCCCUUCCCCGGCUGAGCAUCGGGCGGAAGACCCUGGUGGCAGCUGCUGUGGGGGUCAUGCUGGUCCUGGUUCUGGUGGUCCUCAUCCCUGUGCUGGUCAGCUCCGUUGGCACAGGUGGUUCAGAUGACAGCACGAGCCACUACGAGAUGCUGGGCUCUUGCCGCAUGGUUUGUGACCCCUUUCCCAGCACGGGCACGACUGGCACCGGUGUGCACAUGGGCACAGACACAGCAACCACAGGCCUACAGGUGGGAGAUGAGGCAGAUCUGAGUGAUCACAGCAUCGGCCCGCCGCUGCCUACCUACAGUGCAAAUGGCCCACAAGGCAGAGCAGGACGUCCUGGCAAGCCUGGACCCCCAGGACCACCUGGAGAGCCAGGUCCACCAGGAKCUAAGGGACCACCGGGAGAUGGUGUGGACAUAGUACGGACUGGGAUUUUAGGCUUAGGGGGCAAAGGGGCAGUCAGCACAACCACUUACAACACCUCACCUCGGGUAGCAUUUUACGCGGGACUACGAAACCCUCAAGAAGGUUAUGAUAUUCUGCGGUUUGAUGACGUGGUGACUAAUAUCGGAGGUAACUAUGAGGGCGCGACGGGAAAGUUCACCUGUAAGAUCCCUGGCACCUACUUUUUCAUCUACAAUGUGCUGAUGAGAGGAGGAGAUGGCACCAGCAUGUGGGCUGACCUGAUCAAGAACGGUCUGGUCAGAGCCAGCGCCAUCGCCCAAGACCAGGACCAGAGUUAUGACUAUGCCAGCAACAGUGUCAUUCUUCAUUUGGAUGCAGGCGAUGAGGUUUUCAUAAAACUCGACGGUGGCAAAGCUCACGGGGGCAACAGCAACAAAUAUAGCACCUUCUCAGGGUUCAUCCUCUACGCCGACUGAGGACCGGACAGGACGUGGGCUCAGAGGUGAAAGAUCACAGCCAGAAGACAUUCAGUCCCUGACUUUCGCUCAGCUCCCACAGAAAGGUUCAUGUUGCCCAUAGCCACUGAUUCACAAUCAGAUUUUCUUUUCUUGUUUUAAGGUCAGGGCUGACACUGCGUGUCAGGCUGUGUGUCUGUGGCUAUCGGUAACUGUCCACCUUCUCAUCCAUACGUCCUGUUGUACGCAGUUGUGCCUACAUGCUGCUGCUCAGGGCGGACAUGAGCAACGUAACGGUGUCAGUCACUGCCAUGUGUCACGCUGAGGUGCCGUAACAGUUCUGACAGUGCCGGUGCCUCACCUCAUUUUUGAGCUGUCAUUUCACAUUCCAGUCUGGAGAUCCAAGUCACGGCGGCGGCAGCGUUUGUAAAUGUGCUGUUCAGAUUUAUGUUGCGAUUGCUUUGUGUGUAUGAUAAGAUGUUGUGCUUCAAAGACUGGAGAGGUAUUUUUGUUUGGCAAAUAUGGAAACGCCACAAUGAGAUUACGAUUGUGUUGAAUGGCAGACAGUGUCACAAGAUGUGUUGUGUCUCAGUGUGAUGAUUGGGAAAAGAACA